CCAUAGCAGCUUUCGUGGCUGAAUGAGAUUACGAUAAUCACCACACUGUACAUAUCGUGUGUGUUUCAGAAGGGGGUCUGCUUCCAGCCAUGUCUGUACAAGACCAGUAUGCCUCCAACUGAACCCUCUCGAACGCCUCUGGGUUCCAGUGGCCCUAAUGUGCUUCUUCGGCUGACGAUUGGCUUCCUUUGGUUCAAGCCAUUGCUGUCUUGGGCUGUGUAUGCCACACCGCUCGCCAUGCACAUGGCUGUUCAGCUGUGCCUCUCAUAGCGCAGCCUCUCUUGAUGAGCUGUCGUGGCAGCGCUA